UCGCUUAUAUGAAAUCUCAAAGUCCGCCUUUUGCCCGUGCGCUCUCCCCUCUCCGCGGACCUGCCAUGGAUGUUACUCCUGGAUGUGCAUUCUUCAUUAUUUUCCUUCACUUUCAGCACGCGGAUACUCUUUACAUCGCCAACAGUAUGGAUUCCCUGCAGCAUGUCCUGAGGGAGUAUGGGCUAGUGAGGCCGGUGAGCGUGGAUGCAGACGGACGCUUCCUCUCCCACGCCGUCUCUGCCAGCCGGUUGAGUGGGCAGGGAUCCCACCGGCGCAGGAGGAGGCAGGCCAACUAUCAUGGAGAGACCAAUGAGGAGACGAACUCAGAACAGGACCACCUGAGGCACAAGGAGACACUCUUUUAUAACGUCACUGUUUUCGGACAGGAGUUUCAUCUUUGCCUAAGGCUAAAUUCCAGGCUUGUGGCCCCUGGAGCCAAAGUGGAGUGGCUUGAGGACGAUAACCAAACCCACUCUGAGCCCUUGUUGCCCAGUGACUGUUUAUAUGUGGGUUAUGUUACCAAUGUGCAGGAUACAUCAGUGGCCAUAAGCAAUUGUGAUGGCCUGGCAGGAAUGAUCCGUGCAGGUCAAGAGGAGUUUUUUAUCGAGCCACUGGAGAGAGGAGGUGACAUGACAGGAGAGGAGGAAGGAGGACCUGGACGUCAUCACAUCAUCUACCGCUCCUCUGACAUCAAGAAACCGGACAUCAAUCAUCCCGCUGACUUUCAUCCCAGAGGUUCCCCUCUGGGUUUCCAUGCUGGAUUGGAGUAUUUACCCCACCAUGUUAAGAAGAAAAUAAAGAGCAACUCGCGAACACGCAGAGAGACGUAUGAAGAUGAGAUCUUUAACAUCGAGGUUCUGUUGGGUGUGGACUGCUCUGUAGUGGUGUUUCAUGGCAGAGAGCACAUCCAGAAGUACCUCCUGACCCUCAUGAACAUUGUGAAUGAGAUUUAUCAGGACAGCUCCCUGGGUGCCCAUAUUAAUGUUGUCCUGGUUAGAAUCAUGAUGCUCUGCUCCUACAAGUCCAUGAGUUUGAUUGAGCUGGGCAAUGCUGCUCAGAGUCUGGAGAAUGUCUGUCGCUGGGCCUUCCUGCAGCAAAAAGAGGACAAGAAUGAUGCAGAAUACCACGAUCAUGCCAUUUUCCUCACCCGACAAGAGUUUGGGCCCACUGGCAUGCAAGGUUAUGCUCCUGUUACAGGAAUGUGUCACCCUGUGAGAAGUUGCACUCUGAACCAUGAGGAUGGCUUCUCGUCAGCUUUUGUUGUGGCCCAUGAGACAGGACAUGUACUGGGGAUGGAGCAUGAUGGCCAGGCGAAUGAAUGUGGGGAUGAGGUUCCAAUGGGCAGUAUAAUGGCUCCUCUGGUUCAAGCAGCCUUCCACCGCUUUCAUUGGUCCCGAUGCAGUCAACAGGAGCUCAGGCGAUACCUCAAUACAUAUGACUGUCUCCGUGACGACCCCUUUGAUCAUGAGUGGCCCACUCUACCCCAGUUGCCUGGUCUGCAUUACUCUAUGGAUGACCAGUGCCGCUUUGAUUUCGGCAUGGGCUACAUGAUGUGCACUGCGUACAGCACCUACGAUCCUUGCAAGCAGCUGUGGUGCAGCCACCCCGAGAACCCUUUCUUCUGCAAGACCAAGAAGGGCCCUCCUAUCGAUGGGACCAAGUGUGCAGCAGGAAAGCAAUGUUUUAAGGGUCACUGUAUCAAGCUUACGCCAGACAUUCUCAGGCAGGACGGCCACUGGGGUCAGUGGACCAAGUUUGGUUCCUGUUCUCGUACCUGUGGUGGUGGAGUACAGUUCCGCACUCGUGAGUGUAACAACCCAAGUCCAGCCAACGGGGGACGCACUUGUUAUGGAAACAACUAUGAGUUCCAGCUCUGCAACAUGGAAGAGUGUGCAAAGGCCCUAGCUGACUUUAGAGAGGAGCAGUGCGAGAUGUGGAACCCUCACUUUGAGCAUGAGGGCACCAAACACCAUUGGCUGCCCUACGAGCAUCCUGAACCUGAAGAAAGAUGUCAACUGUACUGCCAGUCUAAAGAGACAGGAGACGUGAUAUCCAUGAAAAGAAUGGUGCAUGAUGGCACACGUUGUUCCUACAAAGACCCUUACAGCGUGUGUGUGCGUGGGGAAUGUGAGAAAGUGGGCUGUGACAAUGUUAUAGCCUCGGAGCUAGAGGACGAUAAGUGUGGCGUGUGUGGAGGAGACAAUGCCACGUGCAAGAUUGUCAAAGGAAAUUUCACCCGCAGCACGAGGAAACCAGGUUUUCUGAAGAUCCUGGAGAUUCCUAGAGGAGCACGCCACAUACAGAUCCAUGAAUUCAAAGGAACUCCACAUGUUAUAGUGGUGAAGAACCAGGCUACAGAUCAUAUCUUUCUGAAUGACGAGGGUGAUUUUCCUGAGUCACGUACAGUAAUUGAAAAAGGUGUGGCGUGGGAGUACACUAACAAUGAUGACAUGGAGACGGUCCAGACCAACGGACCACUCAAAUAUGGAGUCCUCAUUAUGGUCCAGUCUCAGAGCAUUUCUAAAGUCACGCUUUCAUACAAAUACAUCCUGCCAGAAGAUCCGCUCUCUUCAAUGGAGAACUCCCUGCCUCAGGACGACACAGUUUACUUCGAGUGGGCUCUCAGGAAGUGGUCGCAUUGCUCCAAGCCAUGUGGCGGAGGAAAACAGUACACACGUUUUGGGUGCCGAAGGAAGUCGGAUGGCAAAAUGGUACACCGUACACUCUGUGCCAACAUACCCAAACCUCGCGCCAUCAGUCGAGCUUGCAACCAGAAGGAGUGCUCAGAACCAAUCUGGGUGACAGGAGAAUGGGAGGAGUGCAGUAAAUCAUGUGGAAAAACUGGUUCUCAGACCCGACCCGUGCACUGUGUGAGACCUGAACUGGACGGUUCAUACAAAGCCGUCAAUGCUAAGCACUGCAAUGAUGACCGGCCUGAAGGGCGACGACCCUGUAAUCGUCACCUAUGCCCUGCACUGUGGAGAACUGGGCCUUGGUCUCAAUGCUCAGUGACCUGUGGUAAUGGGACUCAGGAGCGGCAAGUCCUGUGCAGCACCCCUGAUAAUGCCAUCGGCAUCUGCAUGGACACCAAGCCUGAGAGCAUCAGAUCAUGUCCACUUGCUCCGUGUCCAAAUGACAGAGGGAACUUCCUCAUCCAGUGGCUCUCCAGAGCAAACCCCGAGUUCCCAGCUCCGAAGAUCUCCUCAAGAUCCCGCUGUAAAGGAGACAGGUCUGUGUUCUGUCGGAUGGAGGUUCUCAGUAAGUACUGCUCCAAUCCGGGCUACUGGCAGAUGUGCUGCAAGUCCUGCAAAGAGGGCAACUACACCUCUGAAUUCAACCUGACGAGACCCAGGAUGUACACUCCCGUAACUCCCACUGCAACAGCUCCUGUUCUCACAACACUGCUAUACAGGACCUCACAGAAGCCUGGAACCACCAUCACACCAUCAUUCAGCAGAUGGAGAAACAUCACCACUGAGCCCACAUCUUGGGGCUACACAACCACCGUGAACCCAAUAACCCUAAAACCAGGAACCACAGUCCCUUUUACCAUUGGUUCUAUCACUGUGCACACUAAACAUCCCAGCAUACUUGACUACGAAGAGGAAACCAGCACACCCUUCUACGAGGACGAAGCCUGGAGCGAUAUCUCAACCGAACACUUUUCAGAAUCCGAAUCAUCAGAGUUUGCAGAGCCUUGGCCAACCACUCCACAAUAUACAAGCACACUUGAGAAUAAAAACAUCGGGACAACGUUUCUGACAAGGCUACAGGUGAAUGUCACUGCAACAAGCCCUCCUGCCAUAAUCAAUCUCCAUCGGUCAGAAGACAAGAAGGAGAAUAACUCCAUCGACGUGUCCUACAGGAUUGCCAGUCCAAACGAAGUCAUGCUCAACCACUUUGUCCCCAGAAAGCGAGCGCCGUUCCGUGAGAAAACAAAUAAUAAAAGAAUUCAAGAACUCCUUGCAGAGAAAAGACAAGACUUCCUGCUUCAAAGACUGAAACGUAAACCAGGAGACUGAUGCAUUUCCUUUUCUUUAUCCCUGUGGUAUUUUGUAAGUAUAUUUUUCAGUGGUCUUACGGCCUCAACACUCUUUCUUGGCACUUGCAAUCAUUCAAGAGGAAAUAACCUCAGUUCUCAAUCUUUCAUGUAGUAGCUCUUCAAUGCAACUAACCAGAAUGAAAAAUUACCCUAGUCGAGGCUUUUUUUUUUUUUUUGAGGAUGACAUCUUUCCAGGGGUUUACCACAUUUGGCUACUUUAUUGGGGUGAAUACAGGGGCGCAUUAAGCUUCUGUUGUGAAGAUCUGACAGUUUAAGCUUAAGCCAGGCACAUACUGUAUGAUUUGUCCAGUCCUCUACAAUUUUUGUACAUGAUCCCAAUGAGAUCUUUGGUAUGUCACAAUGUCACAGCACAUUGUGUGAUGUGAGCAGUCAGACUGUUUGAUACACAUCCAGGAUUUUGGUUCCAGUGUUGCUGCUGACAGCAUACGAGUGGUCACUAGAGAUGGUCUGGCUUGUUGGUUUUAGUUUAGUUUUGGUCAUCUGGUGAGGCUGGCAGAUCAGCUAAACCAGCUGAAUACCAUAUUGACCAGACUGAGAGACCAGCUUAAAUUAAAUGUAAAAAAAAAAAAUUAAUGAUUUUUUUUUUUAGCAGGUCUAAUGUUUUUUUCUUUUUUUUUCAACAAUAGAAUGAUUUUUCAACAUCUGGUUUAUCUUGUCCAAACUUUUCAAGUAAACUUGCUUUAAAUCUUUAUUACAUUAGCGUAUAAAUAUAUCAAGGUAACUGCCCAAGAAGUUGUGGUCACAUUAGCCAAAUUUCAGCUAAUAUAGUGUAGCGCUGUGUGAAGCAAAGGUCACACAAAAGUCACUUUCAAACCAAGUAGCUUUCUGUUGAUCAGUGUGGUGAAUCCAGCUUGAGAAAUGGCCAUUUGGGAAAUCUUUCACCACUACAUGGAAUUCCAGAUUGCCUUGAUUGGAUUUCUGUUGAAAUGACUGGAUUUCACCCGUGAAAAUUUGCAACAACAAUGGUAUUUGACUGCAUCUUAAAUGUGACUGCACCUCAACUCUAGAUAUUACAAAACUUAUGUUGAAAAAUAAUGUGUUCAGAAAUAUUCUCCUAAAUGAACAAAUGUAAAUCAGCUAGAUGCAGCAUAAUGUAAUGGAAAAUAGUUCUCGCUUAAGCAAUAUGCUGAAUAAACAGCAAGAUGCAUCGCACCAGGCAAAUAUGUCGCAGUGUUUACAUGGGGAAAAAACUACACGGACGCUAGUGUGAACAACCCAUUAGGAUGACUGCUGUAGGAUUGCUGACAUUUUGGAACUAAAUAUUAAUUCUGUAACCACAUGACUAUUUCUUGCUAAAAAGCAGUCUUCUUUCUUAAUAAAUGUGCAGAUCUGAAUCCCUUCGUAAAUGUUGUAAAUAUGAACUAGAAUUUAUUUUUGUAUUUAUUGAAGUACAUGUCCUUUCUUCCACAGCCGUUGUUUUUUUGUUUUUGUUUUUAGAACACUUUGUGCAUGCGGCAUGAGUGACAAUCCUAACACAUAUCCAAGAGCCAAUACUAUGAUAACUCCUCCGCAUUCAGAGCACUGUACUGAGAAAUCAGUGUAUUUUAAAAAUGCAGUGGACAUAUGCGUUCUUCAUUUAUGGCUUUUUACAUUCUAGAUUCAAAGGGUACAAGUGGAUGUCUACAUUCUUGAUUCAUCCCAUUCUUGACUUAAUAAAGCUGCAGAUGAACUACCA